UUCUGAUUGAAUCGGUCCAGUUUGUAUUAGUUGGACGAGCAAGCAAGGGGGAGCAGGAAGAAACGAGGGAGGGGGUUACCCUUUCAAUAAACUGUGUGGAGAUACCGGCCGGGCGUUGCUCUGUUUUCAGAUGCGGAGUGAUUUGAGAGAAAGCAGGGCGCGCCAAAUCGUGACGUCUUAUUGUCUGAGAUGUCUGGAUCUUCCCAGGCUGCCUGUACGAGGAUGCAUCGGAUGAGAAGUGCGCAGGGAUGCCUCCGUUGAACAUGCACAAACAGGGCGUCUGUUACCAUGUUGCUAUGAUGAAGGCUCCUUCCUUUUUGUUGUGAUCCGCGAACCGCUCUGUGGACACAAAACGCUCCUUUCGUCCGUUCCCAUGAAGAGCAUUGCGCACUGCAGUGGAAAAAGGAUAUCGUGUUGUGGAUUUUGAAUUGGCUGGUGAGUGUUAUACCUAAUGAGCUUCUACUCAUCUGGGUAUCAAUCCCCCCAGUAUAAGCUGUGUGCAUCCUGCAGAGCGUGUUGCUACACGUUCAAUGUGAGCAGCUUUGUCCAGUGGUGAGAGCCACUCUCCAAAGGGAACAGAUGAGAGGCAAACAAUACCAUCCACCACUGAAGUUGACUGCGCCUUGGGAGAAGGAUGCUGGCUUUGGGAGAAAGCUUAAAACCUACAGGAAUCAUACCAAGAUAAUAGCACAGCCUGGGCUCGUGAUGAAAGUCCUCCGCAGGAAGAGGAUUGUGUUAUUCAUGGCCUACUUCUUACUGCUGGUCCUCACGAUGCUUAACUUGGCUAAUUAUAAAUGGACUAAGGAGCCUCAGCAGUGUAACCAUCAGAUGAGAAGCACCACUUAUCAGGGCAGAUCUGACAUUCGCUUCCUGUACAGGCCCUCUCUGGCUAAAAAGAGGCAGCUCAUCUACGUGCUGACCACCUGGAGGUCGGGGUCCUCCUUUUUCGGGGAGCUUUUUAACCAAAAUCCAGAAGUGUUCUUCUUGUACGAGCCCAUGUGGCACAUCUGGCAGAAACUGUACCCUGGCGACGCGGUGUCUUUACAGGGAGCAGCCAGGGACAUGCUGAGCUCCUUGUACCGCUGCGACCUGUCUGUUUUCCAACUUUACAACAGCCCCGGGGGCAAGAAUUUUACCUCCCUGGGACUGUUUGGGGCCACCCUCAAUAAAGUGGUGUGCUCCUACCCCCUCUGCUCAGCCUACAGGAAGGAGGUGGUGGGGAUGGUGGACGAUAAGUUGUGUAAAAAGUGCCCCCCUCAAAGCCUUAGACUGUUGGAGGAGGAGUGCCUCAAAUAUAGCACUAUAGUCAUUAAAGGGGUACGCAUUUUGGACGUUAACGUGCUGGCCCCCCUCAUGGAGGACCCAUCGCUGGAUUUGAAGGUGAUACACCUGGUCAGAGACCCGCGGGCCGUGGCUAACUCCAGGAUCAAAUCCAGACACGGCCUGAUAAGGGAGAAUUUACAGGUGGUGCGCAGCAGGGAUCCUAAACUUCGCCGGAUCCCUUUCGUGGAUCCCGGUCACAAAGCCAACAAGAAGGACGGCGCGGACUACCACUCCAUCGGAGCCAUGGAGGUGAUCUGCGACCGCACCUCCAGGACUUUGAGGACUGCCUUAAACCCGCCCAGCUGGCUGAAGGGGAAAUACAUGGCGGUGAGGUACGAGGACCUGGUGGAGAACCCCGUAAAGACCCUGAAGAACAUCUACCACUUCGCCAACCUCACCGCCAACCACGACAUCGAGACGUUUGCUCUGAACAUGACCAGCGGCUCCAGCUCCUCUUCCAAGCCCUUCAUCGUCUCGUCCAGGAACGCCACACAAGCUGCUAGUGCAUGGAGAACAGUGCUGAGCAUUCAACAGAUUAAACAAGUGGAGGACUACUGCCACCACGCCAUGUCUGUUCUGGGCUACGAGAGAGUCAGAACAGCCGGGGAGGCCAAGGACUUGAGCAAACCACUACUGACACACUCCAAACUGUGAAAUCGCCACCAAAGACCUUUUUAAUUUAAUGUUGCAUCGAGUGCCGUUUCUUCUUCUUAUCGUGGAAUUAAAAAGCUUUACUUUGAAUCACUGUUUGAGGAGCUCCACUGGCCUCGCUGGGAAUGUAUCAUGUUUCUCUCCGUUGACUCGCAGUGGUGUUUGAAGGGACCACUUUCUUUUAUACUGGAAUAUUGGAUGUGUUUGACAAUGCAAAGGCCUUUUGAUAAAGGAUUUAAAUAGUGAAGCUGCAAGGAAAAGGAAAAAAAGAACAACUGUAUACUUCAUGUAUCUUGUUAUGAUGACAUUUCGAAGUGGGGUUAUUUUUUGAAUGUUCCAAACCUUACAAAAAAAACGGUUUUUUUCAGUCUCCAUACCGUCUGUAAAAGUGAAAAUAGUUGAUGAAAGAACAAAAAAACAAAACUGAGAAAAAGCCCAUUGCUGAUGUCUGUUUGUAAGACCUGGUUUAAGUCAGAGACAAUCAAUUGGUUUGUUGAUG